AUGGCUGCGCCACCGAAAAGUUCUUCACCUCAUCGGAUUAAGGUCAAGAAGGAACUCGGCAGCGAACCGGACAACAUUAAGGAUUUCGCCGAGACAGCCAUGAACGAUAUCCUCGGCUGGUACGGUUACGGGGACAGUGUGGAUCGUAUCGAUAUCACUCUGCCGAUGUCCGCCGCCCCAGCCCCGACAGGAGGUGGCGAAUCGAAUCGCUGCAGCACCAGCAGCAACACCAACAACAAGGAUAACAAUAACGGCACAAGUAAAGGCUCAUCCACGCUGAAAUCGAAGCACAGUAAGGCUCAGCAACAGCAACAGCAGCAGCAGCACAAGUCGAGGCAAUUCAAUAUGCGGCAGCAUAAUUCCGGCGAGUUACGUGAUACCAUUGCAUCGGUAGCAGCAGUCGUCGCAUCAGGUGUAGCCUCACCGGCGUCAUCGUCGUCGUCGUUAGGAAAGGCUGCCGCCACCAGUAGUGCCAGUAUCGGUGGGGGUGGCAAUAAUACUAUCGCUUCUACCAAUAACAGUAAUGAUAGCAGAGGUAGCUGCAUCAACAAUAAUAACAGCAACAACAACAACAACACUCGAAACGGUGUUAAUUUACACCAUCACGGAGAAAGCUCAACUUCCGAGAAGGACAGCUCUCGGGAAAGCUCUAAGAGUCCCCUGCUGGUGAAGAUGCUGGACAAACCAGAACCUGUGUGCCAGUGGUGUUGUCGGGGUGUACCACCGAAUCAGACCGGAAUUCUUGGCACAACAGAAGGAACAAUCUUCUGUUCGGAAUCGUGCUUCUCCCAGAGUCGUCGAGCAUCGUUUAAGCGAGCCAAAACGUGCGACUGGUGCCGACACGUGCGUCACGCCGUCAGCUACGUGGACUUCCAGGACGGUGUAACCCAGUUGCAGUUCUGUUCGGACAAAUGUCUUAAUCAGUACAAAAUGCAAAUUUUCUGCAACGAAACGCAAGCUCAUCUGGAUAUGAAUCCGCACCUAAAGGAAAAGAGUACGUCAACAGGAGGUAAUCUGAUCACUCCUGAUCUCUGGUUGAAAAAUUGUAGAAGUCGUUCAGCUUCUCCGGCAACGGAUCGAUCGGAGUCGACUUCACCAACGCCAUCGUUACCGAUGCGCCCCUCACCGGAACCAUCGCCGGCGAUGCAGUCGUCCCCCAUUAAGAAACCUCUGAUUUCGGUUGCUCCAGUUUCUAAGUUGCUGUCGAAAAACCUGCAAGUGACCAUUUCUCGAUCUCCUGCCAAAGCUACGCGAAAACGUCGCACCGCACUUCGUCCGGUACAGCAGACGGCACUCGGCGGAUCUCGUAGAAUCAUGAGCAGCAAAGGAGAUUUCUCGCAAAUCAGCCACAAUAACAACAACAAUAACUCAAAUGUGCUAAAUAACAAUUUGACUGUAAGCAGUACGUCAAUCCUUUCAAAACAAGCCACAGCAAUCAGUUCCACUGUUUCGGACUUGCGUGCAACCAUCUCAAUCCCCAAGCUACCACAUCCAAAAAAAUUCGAGACCCUGGAUUCUCCUUCAAAUCCUCGUCCCGCUUUAAACCUGCCACCACCUUACCUGCAGCUGCCACCGGCUGCGGCAGCUGUCCGUCAUCCCUUCUUUCCGAUGAAUCCUGCCUUCCGUUUCGGGACACCACCACCGCAGUCACCUAUGCCACCCCCUCCUCCGGUGACCAAUCUGCCACCGAAUAUCGACAGCACAAUCCGUCCUCCUUCUUCCCUGCUAGGUUUACCGGCACCGCCGGUUACUAUACUGGUUCCAUAUCCUAUCGUAAUUCCCCUUCCACUUCCCAUCCCAAUUCCAAUUCCUCUGAUUGAUUUUCUCAAAGCAACCACUGGUGAGAAGAGUAGUGAUUCAUCCAAGGUAGAACCGGAGCAAAGUGAGUCACCUACAUCCAACACCGAACAACCGUCAAUCAGUCGUACUGAAACUCGGACAGUGAUAAGUGAAGCAGAACUUGAAGAGGAUAGAACAAUGGAUGAUUCUCCGCUGGAUUUUACGACUGUCAGUCACGAACAGCGGAGACAACGGGAUGCCACUGUUAUGCUGCCAUUUGAGCAACCGACCAGUGGUAGCAUGCCGGAGGCAGAAAGUUACUCCCUGGAAGCGGUUAGUCAGGAUGAGCAAACUAUGGAGGAUGACGACAAAAGUCCGGAGCAAAAGUUGCCGAAGUUUAAGAUUACGAGAGUCGGUGGUUUGAAGUGUGUAGACAGUAGUGGUGAGGGGAUUGAACAGUCCUCCCUACACGAACGGUUGACAAGUGUGGAAAAGAAGCUGUUGGAGGAAAAAGACGAGGAGGAAAGCAGAGAUAUGGUCGAACGGAGUAGGCCCCUAAGGAAGCGGAAACGACUGGCGAUGGUACAUCACGAACAACAGGUGGAUAGCAGUAGAAUGCGCGAAAGUGAUUCCCGCGACGGGAAAGGUUAG